AUGGAGGGUGUCUCGUCGACGACCCUGUUGCCGGAGGACUGGGCGGCGCGCGACGACGUGGCCGGGCAGAUUGGGCUCGUGUGGGAGCUGGUGCGCACGCCGGUGAUCGUGCCCCUCCUCAAGGUGGCGGUGGUGGUGUGCCUGGCUAUGGCGCUGAUGCUGUUCGUGGAGAGGGUCUACAUGGGCGUCGCCCUGCUGCUGAUCAAGCUCCUCCGCCGGCGCCCAGAGAGGCAAUACAAGUGGGAGCCCAUCCGGGACGACGUGGAGCUGGGCAAUACGGCCUACCCCAUGGUCCUCGUCCAGAUUCCCAUGUACAACGAGAGGGAGGUGUACAAGUUCUCCAUUGGUGCCGCGUGCGGGAUGUCCUGGCCGUCAGAUCGCAUCAUCAUCCAGGUCCUCGACGACUCCACCGACCCCGUCAUCCAGGUAAGGCCCUCUCCCAACAACAGCCCAUCAGGCCCCGGGCGGCGCCGCCGGUGGGGUGACGUAGAGAGAGCUGACCUCGAAGGGCCGUGGCGGCGCUGCAGAGCCUGGUGGAGGUGGAGUGCCAGAGGUGGGCGAGCAAGGGCAUAAACAUCAGGUACGAGAACCGGGACAACCGAAACGGUUACAAGGCGGGGGCGCUCAAGGAUGGGAUGGAGCACGACUACGCCAAGGGCUGCGACUAUGUGGCCAUCUUCGACGCCGACUUCCGGCCGGAGCCCGACUUCCUCUGGCGCACAAUCCCCUUCCUCGCGCUCAACCCCGACGUGGCCCUCGUCCAGGCCCGGUGGAAGUAUGGUCAGUCACCGCCUCCCUCCCUCCCUCUCUCUCUCUCUCUCUCUCUCUCUCUCUCUCUCUCUCUCUCUAUAUCUCCCCCUCCUCUUAUUCAAUACGAUCCGAUCGGGGACACGCGGCGGGGGGGCUCCUCUUACGCCUGGCGUCGUUGGUCGAUUCAGGCAGCAGUAGGCGACGGCGCAUUAUGAGCCCUCUACAGCUCACUAGCUGUCACCGCACCUCCUCCGUUUGCCGACACUCGGAACCGCUGCCCGCGUUUCCCCCCGAUUCACCCUCGCCUCCGCCGACACCGUCGAGCCCACACCUCCGUUCACCAUCCCCCGCUCUCGUGCCGCCGUGGUAAAAGACGCGAAAGCCCGAACAAACAGUAGCUCCGGCGGAGGGCGGGUGCAACUUUCGGAAUCAAUGUCCUCUGCAGCUCCCGGCCCCACCCUUUCUUGACGUCGUCUCUCCUCUUCCCCCUUGUUUCACCGGUCCAUGUCCAUGUGCAUGUGAUGCUCCGCGCCCACAUGCGCCAGUGUCGGCGCCAUCCUGCCCCUUUCUUCCUCCGUCGUCUCCCGCACUCCUCCCCGCCUCGCCGCCAGUCUCCCCCAUCUUCUAUCCCUCCCUCCCCAUUGGCAUUGGCAUGGGCUAUCCCUCCCGGAACCCAUACUCGCCCUCCUUCCUUCCCUGUACGCCUCUCUUCUUCAACAGAUUUGCGCCUUCUCUCUCUACAUAUACGUCUUGUCUGUCAGCGCCACCUCCUCUCCCAUUCGCCUGUGGAUCCGUCCGACCGCGCUAUCCAUUGAGAGAUUGGGCCCACCGCUAUAAACCCCGCUCUUCCCUCAUGAUCCAACUCCGCUGCGUAUCCUGCAGCAAGCUUCUUCCCUUCAUUUAUGGUUUAUCGGCCGACGGUGGAUUAGGCCAGCGACCCUGGCUUCGUCGGGACCCCGGACGCCUGGCCGAAGCACAGUAGUUAAUACUCGCCGGCCGCGGCCCGGCCUGCCCGCCCACCGCCCAUUUUCUCCUCGGUGACCGUGGCCAGGAAGCAGGAUCCCCCUCCCUGCGGUGGGAGGGACCCUCGGCGAUCUCUCGUUGGCCUCAUCCAUUGAAAGGACAAGAUUGGGGGCACCCCCAACCUUCCCUCCCCACCCCUCGUCCCCGUCCCCCACCUACGCGGUGCUUAGCGUCACACACCUACCGCCCACAGCCCUACUCGUAGAUCUGUUGGCACCACCCCCUCCGGCUGAUGCCCUCAAAUAUUAUAUGCACUUCAUAAUUAUAUCGAGCCAUCCCGCAGAGGCGUUAAAGCUUCCGGGUCGCGAAAUAUUUAUGGUACAAGUUUUUUAUAUAUAUCACAGCGAUGUUUCUAGGAAAUCAGUAUCUGACCCACGCCAGCGACGUGCGCCGCCGAAGUAUUUCGUUUCCGAGCGUCCUUCUCGUCGAUGGAUACAGCGAACCCUAGAUUCCUGUCGGAUCAAACAUGCCCUAGAUACUCGUGUUGCUUAUUCAUUUAGCUCUCCACUUGGCUCGAUUCUGCAUGGUGAUGCCGACGUCGGCGCGCCUCGCGCCCCUUCUUCUUGGUUACGGUGGAAAUCUGACGACGCCGCCGCUGUACAGUGAACUCGGGCGAGUGUCUGAUGACUCGGAUGCAGGAGAUGUCCCUCGACUACCACUUCAACUUCGAGCAGGAGGUCGGCUCCUCCACAUACGCCUUCUUCGGCUUCAACGGUGAGUUCUUUCGCCUAAACUCGUCCGUCCCCGGUGACGAUGGGAUCGUCUUUCCGCGUGCAAUCCCCGCCAUGUAAAUAUGUGUGCGGAUCUCUGGCAGGGACCGCCGGCGUGUGGAGGAUCGCGGCGCUGAACGAGGCCGGUGGGUGGAAGGAUCGGACCACCGUGGAGGACAUGGAUUUGGCUGUCCGAGCCAGUCUGCACGGCUGGAAGUUUGUCUACCUCGGCAACCUCAAGGUAUGCUCGCCUCGCUUCGCCUUCUCAUUGAUUGUCUGUGCAGUUCCUCCCGACGGUCUUCUGACGAAACCUCACUUGAUCUUCGCGACGACGUCGCUCCUGGAACAUGAAUUAAAAACAUCAGGUGAAAAAUGAGCUGCCGAGCACGUUCAAAGCCUACCGCUACCAGCAGCACCGGUGGUCUUGCGGCCCCGCAAACCUGUUCAAGAAGAUGGUGAUGGAGAUCAUGAAGAACAAGGUUCGUUUUAGAUGGGCGCGAGUUCUCUCUCUCUCUCUCUGGAAUUUCGUGAGGCUGACGUUCGCGUCCUCGGAAGUGCAGAAGGUGUCCCUGUGGAAGAAGGUGCACGUCCUCUACAGCUUCUUCUUCGUUCGCAAGAUCGUGGCGCACAUCGUCACCUUCGUUUUCUACUGCGUGGUCAUCCCCGCCACCGUCUUCGUCCCGGAGGUCGAGAUCCCCAAGUGGGGCGCCGUCUACAUCCCCUCCUUAAUCACCCUUAUCAACGCCGUCGGGACUCCGAGGUGCGGGAGAGAGUCUCGAGUCCCAUUCCCCCUUCCCCCUUCUCGCAGUUAUACAGUCGCGUACCCUAUGUAUGCUUCUGAAUCGCGCACAUACGUCGCUCCUUGUGUCGGAAAAACAGGUCUCUGCAUCUGCUCGUGUUCUGGAUCCUCUUCGAGAACGUGAUGUCCCUGCACAGAACCAAGGCAACCUUCAUCGGGUUGCUGGAGGCGGGGAGGGUCAACGAGUGGGUGGUCACCGAGAAGCUUGGAGACGCUCUCAAGUCCAAGCCCGCGGGCAAAGCGCCCAAGAAGCACCGUUUCAGGAUAGGCGACAGGUAA